GCCUUUCGUUCCCAAGCAAACUAGCUAACAAAAGCACGAACUUCAGUCCUGUUUAAGGCAUAAAACAGUGGGAUGGACUCUCCUUCCCAGCGUAUCAGAGAGGGCUGUGAGGCCAGGCAGGAGGCGGACUCCCCGCUGCCCCCCAUUUCCGAGCGCCUGGCCUAUCUGCGUCCAUCUCGGGAACUGCUGGAGUUCUAUAGGCAGAAAGUGGCCCAGUUUGACGGAGAACACGAUGACCUGCUGCAGCUGCUAGAAAAGUACAGGAGCACUACAGAGGACCAGCACAAGCUGCAGUGGGAGGUGCGUCAGCGAGAAGAGGAGAUAGCAGAGCUGCAAAAAGCUCUGAGUGACAUGCAGGUCUACCUCUUCCAAGAGCGAGAGCAGGCUCUCCGCCUGUAUGCAGAGAACGACCGCCUAAAGAUCAAGGAACUUGAAGAUCGGAAGAAGAUUCAGCACCUUUUAGCCCUUGUGGGUCCAGAUGCAGGUGAAAUCACCUAUUUUCACAAAGAGCCUCCACACAUGGUCACAAUUCCUCAAAAGAAGCUCCAGUCCAGAACCCAGGAUUAUGGAAAAGUAGUAAAACCAAAGCCUGGAUCAGUAAAAGAGGGGAGCAAGAAGACGUCCAAGGAUGGAGGAAAGGACACAAGCUCAGAGCAGUACAAGAAAGAUAACCAGACGCUGUUGCUACAGGUGGAGGCGCUACAAGCACAGCUGGAAGAGCAAACUCGGCUGGCUAAAGAGCAAGUGGAGGCCCUGCUGGAGGACAGGCGAAUUCACAUGGAGGAGGGACAGGUCCAGCAUCAGAGAGACCAGGAGAGAAUCACUGUCCUCACUGAGAAACUUCAGCGCACACAGAACCUCCUCUAUGAGAGCACCAGGGACUUCCUGCAGCUCAAGUUUGAAAGCCGAGGGCGUGAGAAGAGCUGGAUGGUGGAGAAGGACAGGCUGCUGAGAGAGCUGGACUCCUGCCAAGAGAGGCUAAGGGAAUCGCACAAAUUCCCAGAUCAGCCAGGACCCUCUGUAGCCCCCUUGCUCCUCACCCAGCCUGCACCAGAGAGCAACCAGAUGCAUCGAGAGGAGAUCAGGGCACUGCAAGAGGAGCUAAAGCAAGCCCAUAAGUUGGCAGACAUGUACAGAGAGCAGUGUGUUGGUCUGGAGACAGAUCUGGCGCAAAUCCGAGAGGAAGGAGAUGUAGGCAGAGAGAUCUUCAAAGAGCGCUCAGACAAAAUGGCCAAGCGUCUUCAGUUAAUGACUCAGCGUUAUGAGGCUUUGGAAAAAAGACGAGCUAUGGAGGUGGAGGGCUUCAAGACUGACAUAAAACACCUGCGACAGAAGCUUAAAGAUGUGGAGAAACAGCUUUUUAAGGUGACUCUUAAUGUGGGACCUGAUCAAGACCUGGCCAUCCUGCAUGAAGUCCGACAGUCAAAUGCUUGUACCAAGAAAAUCCAGGGGGAACUAAAAACCCUAAAAGCAAAGAUAUAUGGACUGGAAAACGAGCUGAGAUUCAGCUGAUUUCUGAAGUUUGAAGAACUUAUAACAUUUUAAGUCCUUUAAUACGUAAAUUAUUUUAGAUUUAAAAUUAAAUGUUCAGUUUCAUCAAGAUGACAGUCAUGUUAGAGGUAAGUUAUGCCUGUUGUUAGUGAUGGUCCUCAGCCAAAUCAUUAGUGCAUAAUGUCUGCAUUUCACACUGAGGACUAGAGCUAUGCAGAUUGGAGGUGCAGUAGUCUGAGGGUGUUUAUAUUUUGUUAAUGUCCAAAUGCUAGCAGCAUUGGCAGUAGUGGACAUGUGUGUGCCAUGUUGCAUGGUUCUCAUUUAAAUGAGGUUGUAUAUAUUCAUUUCUAAGGAUGAUUUUAAUUAAAACUGAAUUUUGUUUUUA